UUUCCGCUGUAGCAUAGCGCACUCGCGUCACCUGUCUUGCCCAGCAACUCAUCACAUCAUCGGUUCUGCGACUCGCGAGGCUGGCAACUUAGCGAGGCCCGCGUCACCUCGAGGCAGCGGCUACUGGCGAGAAAGUCACCUAUUGCAUGGAAUCUGGCGACAGGGCACCGGAGCCCGCCCUCCACGCCAAGAUGGACUACGCCAUCCCCAUGCCAGAGGCCCAAGCGCAACACGAGCCCAUCCAUGAGCCCCAGCCCCAUGCCGGGCCAAACCCGCGCGGCGAGCAACCAGCAGCGCACCCUGACACGCGCCGCCCCGACCUGCUGCCCGCAGAUAGCGGUGCCAGCCCAUCAGCAGAGCUCCGCCCAACGACCCCCGAGGCGGACGCACCCCAGCAGCCCGAGACCCAGGCGCUGCUGCCCGACCUCCCCAUGGAGGUCAUCCUCCAGGCCUGCGCCCACCUCGACCCCAACUUCCUGGCCUGCUGCGUCCGCCUGACGUGCAAGGCCGCCGCUUCCCAGUUGGGCAGCGUGGUGCGACUGUCGAAGCCCUGCCCCGAACACGCCUUCGCCGACCACUGGGGUCGGCCCGGGUCCACACGCCAUCUGUCGUUGGUGCAGCGACGCCGGCUAAUAUGUCUGGUGGCGGCCAGUGGCGUGGGGCCCAACGUGCGGGUGGCGGUGGCGGCCGCCGACUGCGCUGUGCCGGCGGAGGCGCUGGCGGCGGCGGCCGCGGCGGGCCACGUGGAGGUGUGCGAGCUGCUGUGGCCCCUCGUGGCCGAAGUGCUCAGGAGCAGCAGUGGCGCCGGCGCCGGCGCUGGCAGCGGCAGUCGCAGUGGCGGCGGCGGCGAGCGGCACCCCAGUGAGAUGCAGCCGCACCCCAACGUGCUGCUGGAGCGCCUGGCUCGCAGUGACCCCCUGGUGGCGGCGGCACGUGCGGGCCGCACCCAGGUGUGCUCCUGGCUGCUGACGAGGGCGGAGCAGGAGGCGCCCAGCAGCUGCAGCAGCCGCCCCCACGCGUUCUUCGACCUCGCCUCAGCCACCCUGGCGGCGGUGCUCGGCGGCAACGCAGCCCUGUACCGCACCCUGCGUGACAGGCUGGCCGCCGCUACCGGCCACAGCAAGCCGCUGCCGCCCGCGCGGCUGCUGGCAGCGCUUGCGGAGGCGGGCAACCUCGCCGCUCUGGGGCGCACUGUGGCGCUGCUGCCUCCUGCUUUGUCUCUUUCCGCUGGCUCCCUGCUGUCCGGGGGCUUUGACGCAGCCGGCUGCAGCGCGGUGCUGGCGGCGGCGGCGCGCAGCACCACCCCGGACUGGCUGGACAAGGUGGACUUCCUGAUGGGCCUCCGCCGGGUGAUGCAGGAGCCCGGCCGCGGCUUAUUGCCAUGGCCGCGCCCGGGCUCGCCGUCGCACGACGCAGUGGCGGAGGCGGUGCUGCCGCGGCCCGUCGACCACUGCCCGCGGCUGAAUGAACGCGGCCUCUGGGCAACACGGUCCAUCGCGGGCUUGCGCGCGGUGGCGGCCGCGGGCCAGGCGGGCAUCCUCCGGCAGCUGCUGCAGACCGAGCGGCUGCUGGGGGAGGUCCUCCAGGGGGUGCCGGAGCUGACGGCUGCCCUUGAUGCAACCGGCGGCUGGGGAGACCGUGGCCGGCCCCAAUCAACCGUCGGUUUCAGCCCUGCGCACUAUGCGGCCGCCUGCACAGCCGCCGCCGUGGCCGCUGCGGAGGCCAACCAGCUGCAAUGCCUGCAUGUGGCGCUGGAGUGCGCCCCACGUGCCGCACACAAGGCCGCCCUUCUGGCCGCGCUCCGGUCCGGGCACGUGGCCAUGGCGCAGUGGCUGGGGGGCCGCCUGCUCCCCACGGCACCGCCACCAGCAGCAUCGAUGCACGUCGCUGUGCAGCUGCUGGUUGCGGCGGCCGAGUCAGGGAGCCUGGAGCUGGUGCGGUGGCUGACAGAGGAGCGGCACCUGCAGCGCGGUCUGGGCCCGGAGGUUUUCAGUGCAGCGGUGCGCGGCGGCGGCUGCGAGCUGAUGGCGUGGCUGGCCGCACAGGGCUGUGAUGAGGGGGCCGACCACCUGCGGCUCUGCAUGGUCGCGGGGCGGGCCGGUGACGUGGCCAUGCUGCGGCAGCUGGAGGAGGUCGCGCGGCGGCGCCUGUGGCGCGACGCGGCCGGCAGUGGUGAGAGGUGGCCCCUCGCCACCAGGGCCUUGCUGCAGCAGGCUUAACCCCCGCUGAUGCAUACCAGCAGGUCUGCGGCCCCUGUGCGGGGUCCGGCGUGAUGAGGUGGGCAGGCCGGCCCAGUGCGUGAAUGAGUGAGUGCAGGCGCGCUGCACGGCACGGCGUCCGUGGGCGUCUGGACGAGGUGUUAUAUGUUGUGGCAGAAGCGUGUCUGAUCAAGAGGAGUGCAAGAACGUCACUGGGGGGAGGGGCUGUGCGCGUUCGGUGCUACAUCGAGGACAAGAGGGACAGUCCGUGCAGAUGGGUGGGGGAGGACAGCUCGUGCCAGAUGGGUGGGGUAGGCGAUGGGGAGCCGGAACGAACACACAGAUGAGCCCGUGCGGACUGUUGCAGGGUGAGAUUGGACUUGCUGUAUGGCGUAGCGCCUUGACCCGGGAGCUGCUGGCGCCUUUGCGAGUACAGGCAAUCUUGAACUGUGUUCAUGUUGGAGGCGGGCUGAUGGCAAAGGGAGCAUGAGCUUCGACGCCCGGUAAGUAUUGGGGGCCGCAGCAGCUGGCAGGGUUGCCACUUGCCAGCAAGGGGCAGGGCCGCCUAGGGCGUCUGCAACCGAGGCGUGUCUGCAAUGGCUGACUGAGUUGCGGUGGAGUAUAUGCGGUUGCAGAUCAAUUGCUAUAUGCCCAGGUAUGGAGUUGUUGCACCGGAUGAGGAUCGGCAGGGGAAAGCAGCGUCCAUCGCAGGCACGCGCCGAACCAGUUGUACCGCGCGGGCUCAUCGCCUUUCAGUAUCCAGUA